AGUUUCAACACUUUAUAAGGGCACAAGCUAAACUUUGCUUUUUUCCAGUGAAGAAUUCUGGUCACUGAAGAGAAACAACUCACCGGAGAGCCCCGCCGGCAAAUGGACGAGUCCUGGAGGAUGAGGAUGGGAUUAACAGCGGGGACCCCUCGCCGGCGGUCCAUGGAGGACCGUUCAUCUUCUCGCACAUGGCGGUCCAUCUUCGCCAGCGACAGUGCCUCCGAGAGGGAAACGUUGGACCCCGAAGACUUCGCCGACGUCUUCGGCGGCCCGCCGAGGAGUCUACUUGCGUACAAGCUAGCAAAGACCAGUUCUUUCUAUGAGGAGAUUUUCCGGCCGUCGGAGUUCGCUUCUCAGGCGCGAGCGAAAGGCGGCAGGAGCUUGCCGGUGUUCCGCAUUCCGGCGAAUAGCGACGCGUUUUACAGCGGCGUGUUUGUGUCGGACGAUGAACGGAGGUCUAGGGAUCGGUCCCGGUCGGAAUCGAUGGCGAAAUCAAAGUCGAAUUCGUCAUCGGCCCUGAGUUCAGAGGACCUGAGCCCUCUCCGGCCGGCGAUCGGCGAUGAUGUGGCAUUGUCUUCUUUUGCUUCAAAGCUAAGGCCAAUUAAUGUCCCAUGUAGAUGGAACUCAUGCACCAUGAUGCCUGAGGAACACCUUAUUAAACAAGGGAAGCCAUUCUUUCAAUGCAAUGGCCAAUCAUGUGAAGUUCAAUAUCAAGAUAUUGAAUGCAAGGGGAAUUUCAAGAGUUCCCAGUUUGGAUUCUCAAGAAAAGUUUCCUCCCCAGAAACAAUUAGUCUUGGAUCUAAUUCAUGUCGAACCAUGAAAGUGACUGACGACUUUGAACUUAGUUCCCCAUUUUCGGCUGUCUCCGGACUCUCUCAAGAGCCUGAUGCGAAAUCUUUGGUUCAUGAUAAUGUUCUUCCAGAAUUAGUUAUAGAGCCUGAUGAUGAUGAUGAAGUUAUGAGCUCCUAUGUCAUAGAGGUUAACUCCAGCACCAGAGAGGAACAUCGUGGAUCAGAAGCCAUUGAUGAAGCAAUUGCUUGGGCUAAAGAGAAGUUCCAAUCAAGAAAUUCUGAUGAAGAAUCAUGUUGGAGAAACAACGGGAAUGAACGAUCUACUGUAGUAGAAGGAAGUCAUGCUGCAGGUAAAUACCAUAAUGAAGGGUUCAGAAUAGUCAGGUCUCCAAAGAAGCUACAGAUAGAAACAGAGAACUUGGAUAGAGAUGUAAGAUUGUGGUCAUGUGGCAAGGAAACUGACAUCCGGCUACUGCUUUCAACACUACAUCAUAUUCUAUGGCAAGAGAGCGGCUGGUAUGCCGUUCCCAUUAUGAGCCUAAUACACAGCUCACAAGUGAAGAAGGCAUAUCAGAGAGCAAGAUUGUGCCUCCAUCCUGACAAACUUCAGCAAAGAGGAGCAACACUUCUACAAAAGUACAUUGCUGAGAAGGCCUUCUCCAUUUUGCAGGUUGCAUGGACUGCGUUCAUUUCUCAAGAUGUUUCUUUCUAAACGGUGUAUGACUCGAAUUCCCUAUAACUCGGUUUAAUUCUGGUUUAAAGCUCGGGGACAAACACCAAGCAAGAUCGAAUGAUGGAAGUGUGUGUGGCCAUGCAGCAAAUACAGGUUUUAAGUACAUGAAAUUCGAAAAUAGCAUCUCCUCUCCUUUGUACAAAUAGUUGACUGAUGGAUGUACCAUUUCAUUUUUGUUGUAUCAUAAGUUGUUUAAUGCUUUUGUAGAUACCAGAUUUAGUGUUUGUUUGGGUGAGCUUUAAGAAAAGAUCUUUUUUUUAGUUAUCUUUUUUUAAAAGAUUUUAUAGAGAAGUAAAAGUAAUUUUUUGUUUGGAUAUCUCAUAUAAAAAGGUCUUUUUAUUUAUCAAUUAUGUUUGGGUAUAACAAUAUAAAAGUACUUUUUUGUUUAUUUAUUACAUGAAAAAACAUCUUUUUUUUAAGGAAAAAAGAUCUUUUAAAAAAAGAUGUAAAUUACAGCUUCUCAAAAAAGAUUUUUUUUGAUUUUACUAGUGCUUUUACUUUUACUAUUAGAAAUUUGCCAAACACGUUAAAAAAUAAAAAAAGGUCUUUUUUUAUUGAAAAAAGAUUAUUUUUUUUACAAAAUAAUGGCGCCCAAACAUGCACUUAAACCAGCCCAGCCUUUGGAGUAUUAGAAUUGUUAAAUAAAUAUUGUAGAAAAUAGAUAGGAGUGAAAUAAUUAUGUGAUUAAAUUUAAAAUUUUA